AUGCACUUCAAAAGCGUCCUGGCUGCUUUCUUUGCCCUCACCCUGAGCGGCGUUGCUCAUGCCGAGGAAGAUAGCCCCGGUGCUGUGAACCCCGAGUUCAGCCUUCCAAUCAGCUAUGGGAAAUGCUAUCACCUCGUGAACCACAACAACGAGUACGUCGGCCACGACCUUCCCAAUCCUGGAAGGCUCAAGCUUGGCAGGCGUGGCAACGCAGCAGUCUUGAAAGUCUGUGCGAACAUGCAAAUCUGUACAAGCAACAGGCCAAGCGAGGUUGUGCAAGCAGGCGAAGAGUGGUACCUAUACGACACCCAGGGCAGCACGCUCAGCCAUGGCGGCGCGUUUAUUGUGGGUCAAAAGAACGCCUUUUUGCUCCCUGCGUGGUGGGCCAAUCAGAACUUUAUGGUUUUCCAUGGCAUCAAUGAGCGGGCCUCGCGCUCAGAUAUCGGCAUUCGUCUCUUCGCGCAUGAUUCUACCUACCCAGUCCAGACAGGGCUCCACAUAGGGUUCGUUACAGGGGAUUACAUCUAUGCUGGAGGUGGUAGUAACCAAGAGGGAAUUCUCAUCGACUUUGAGGAAGUCAAUUGCCCCCCCAGCUUCUAA